GGAGGGGAGUCAGAAUGCCGGUAUCUCGUCCAAGUGGCAAGCAAACUUAACGCGAGCGAGCCCAUGUCUCGCCAGUUCCACACCAACAGCGACAUAGUGUAGUGUUCGGUGUUCUCGACACAACACCCAUAACUUUGAGACACAUGGCUACACAAUAAACGCAAUAAAAAUGUAAAUAGAAAAAAAUUGUACAAAAAUUCAAAAAAAAAUAUUUUUAGUUUAGUUUUUAUUUUGUUAUUUUCUUGUCUUCUAAGUUGUGAAGUGUACACCUCCAAGAGCAUUUUCCUUCGAUUUGAUUUAAAGGAAUUAACAGCCAUUUGCGAGCUACUCAUGUGUUCUAUGGUCGAUUACGAAAUGUUGGUAUCACACAGUCCGCCAGUUUUCAGCCACAGUCCGCCGACGGGAGGCCUGCUCACCGACUAUGCCGCCCUCCGACUAGGUGCAGACUCCUUCCCCAGAGUUCCCCGCGGUAACUGCCGGCUGAUCCAGCACUCGAACUCGUGCAGCAGCUUCAUCAAACCCGUAUCGAGAAUGCCGGCUUCGCCGAAGCGGCCGUGCUUGGUUAUCCGUCCGUCAGAUGAAUCGUCCAGUUCCAGCGACGAAGACCCGACCAGCCCGACGCGUCUGAAAAAGAAGGUGGUGUUCGCCGACGACAAAGGCAUGUCCCUCACUCACGUCCGCGUCAUGACUGAACCGUCCAACGUGCCGCCCCUUUGGAGUUUCCGAUUUCUUGCGGAGGUGACGCAAGGUAUCACCGCAGACCCAGUGGGCCACGUGGAUUCGUGGGAAGUCACGUUUCCUCAGCCUGCUUCGGACUACGUGCACUUCCGGAAGAGGCUAGAGAACGAGAAAGUGUCUUUGGAGAACGUCAUCGUGAAAGAGUCCGAGGAUACCAUCCUAGGAACGGUUAAGGUCAAGAACAUCUCCUUCCACAAAGAAGUCAUAGUAAGGUCCUCGAUCAACGACUGGAAGACGUACGAAGACGCGUUCUGUGUGUUUGUGCCGAAUAACCUAGCGUCGAACGUAACACCAGCGUACGUACUCUAUGACACUUUUUCAUUUAAAAUACCGCUAACACCGAAGGCUACGAAAAUCGAGUUCUGUGUGUGCUUCCGUUGUGAGGGGACCGAGUACUGGGACAACAACCACAACAAAAACUACGUUAUCGUGAAGAGAAUACAGACGCCCCUGCACAAAUCGCUGUCCAAUGACGACCUUUACAACAGGAGGGACAACCCGAGCGAGCCUAAGGUAAUUCCGAGCAAAUGUGUUGAGAUUGUUCAGGCAAAAAUGGACUCUUGGUCGGAAUUUGCUAGCUGGACGCAUUUAGAAAAUUCAAAUCCUUACUGGUAAACACUCCCUUUCAUCCAACCAAUAUGGAAUAAGCAGGCAGCAUGUUGGGUGUAAAAAUACUUCCUAUAACUUCCGUGAAUUCAACGUUGCCAAAUGGAGAACCAUCCUAAGGAGUCGGAAGACUGCUUUUACCUCUAGUAACUUUAGUCACUCUGCGGAUGGAAAUUAUAUGUUUCUUCCAGGAUCCGAGAAAACCGAUCGCGAAAAGCCAUUUGAAGGAGUUUGGUCUGUGACUGAAAUCUGUGAUAUAAAAUUAUGACCGUAGUUUGUUAAAUUGUGGUGAUUGUUAGUCACUCUGUACGUGCCAAACUGAAUGUUUUUGAGUAAAAUUGUGAAGAAAUUGUACCUUUUUAAAAGACUGAUAUUUUAUUACUGAGUAUGGAUAUAUAUAUAUGUGCAGAUAUGCUUAAAUGAGAUUCUUUUUAUUAUAAAUAAACAAGUUUAAAUUUUAUAUAAAGUGUAUGUAUGUAUUUAACAAGAUAUAUUUUAUAUUAUACAGCUGCUUAAUGUAAGUCAGUGGUAGGUAGUUCCUUGCCGUUUCUCUAGGUUUGAUUUGCAAUAUGAAACAUUGUAUUUUUAUCGUUUGUUGUGUAGUUUUACGUCAUAUCAUCUUUAUUGUCACUGUACAUACUUCAUUUUUUUUUAUGUUGUGUUAUU